AUGGUACGACCCACUGCCAUACUCAGCGGUCACCUCUCUCUCUCUCUCAGUGAGGGAAGCAUCAGUCAGACACUCUCAGUCUUCAGGUUUUAUCUCCUCCUCUUCCUCCCUUCUUCUUCUUCUUCUCUCAACAUGACCCAUUUCAGGAGCGACUGCCACCGAGACAGACACGCUGGAAUGAAUGGUGAGCUGAGAGCCGGUCGCACCACGACAGCCAAACGAGGAAGCGACGCCCCCAACAGAUCUGACUAUGAGAUGGAGUAUGACAGAUACCCCGAUGACCACUACAACAGGGUGUUUGACUACCAGCGUGUCCCCUCCUCGGUCCCGGUGGAUCCGACUCCUAUCAAACGGCCCCGCCCUUCAUCCUCCUCCUCCUCCUCUUCCUCUUCUACAGCAGCUCUGAGGACCAAGAGCAGCAGAGUUUCCAGUUGGAGCAACAACACACACACCUCCACGUCCGACAGCAAAUUGAAAAUGGCAGAGCUACUUGCCAUAAAAAGGGAGCUGACAGUGAUCAAGGUUCAGAUUGACGGCCUGUUGGACUGCGUGGACAAGAUGGACAGACAAAGGAAGGAAUGCUCAGAGUGUCCUGACAGGGAGCCCAGUGUGUCGGACUCACCUCACCGAGGUUCAGUCAGCAGUCUGGAGAGAGAAAGUCCUGAACCAGGAGAGGCCAGUGAGGAUGAGCCGCUGCACUACCAGCAGUACUACCCCCACAGCUACCCCCAUACGAUAAAGCAGCAUCAGUCUGAUCCGGAGGAUGAUCUGUGAUGCUGCAGCUCAGGACAGAAGCAGCCAUCGGUAACAGCUUUGGAUGGAAGAAACUCCAUGCAGGCGUUGGCAACAUGAACUCUUCUCCACACAUUAAUCUGUCUCUUCUGACCGUCACUGUCACUUUAAUUUUCUGCUGCACCAGCUCUGGUUUCCAGUCCACAAUGAUGACAAAUUCCCCCAUGUGUUCCUGGUAAAUCACUGACUCUGGUCCUAAACGUCUGGGGUUUUAUUAAGCACCAAACCAUAACAGCUUUAAGAUGAUUUUCUUUAUUUAAGGCCGCCAUUCAGAACGCUAUAAAACAUGUGUUUGCAGAGACUUGAUCCUUUCUACAUACAAAUACUACAAAACAGUAGGCUAUUUAUUUAUUUUGUUUUGAUUAUUUUUAUUAGAAUUAAUACUGCAAUAGUGUAGAUUUGUAGUUCUUCCUAACCAUUUUCUUUAAUUCCUACAAUAUUAUAAAUAAUUCUGUACCCAGAUUGAAAAAAACCUAAAUUCUCUGUGGUAAAAGAUGUGAUAUUGAGCUCAUUUAUUGGCCUAACCUUGGUCCACUCUGAUCAGUGUUAACCCUUUGAUGCACAACAUGGGUCUAAAGUGACCCGACUGAGUUUUUAUUUUUCUAUAUCUUUGCAAUAAAUUAAUUUCAUCAUUUAAUAUUCCAGGUUUUUCCUAAAUCAACUUGUUAUUGAUCAUCAAACAUCCUAAUUUUCUGUUUUCAUUUCUUACUUUUUGAAUAAAAACCCUUUCUGUAUCACUACGCUUCUCAUGCACAAUAUGGGUCAAAAACUUCAUUAUGGGGUUAUUGUGUGAAAGGAAAAAUGAAUUUAAUCAAUUUUAGAAUAAGGCUGAAACAAAACAAAAUGUCGAAAAAAUGAAGCGCUGUGAAUACCUUCCUUAUGCACUGUAUGUGUGACAAAAUGAUACAUAAACAUGUUAAAUAUAGUAAAU